GCGGAGAAUAUAUUCAAGCAACGUUGUGUUGAACUCGUGGACCUCGUGGAGCACGGAAUACAGAAUACUGCAUGGAUUUCGUUCUAAGCGCUUGCAAUUCCAAUGGGGAGUGGAAGAACCGUGAGAUGAAUGAGAUACUUGGUGCAAUUUAAGUCAUUUAAAUGGUAUACAUUGCGUUGUGUAAGUUUGGAUGUAAUUAUUUACGACAGUCUUGUUAGCGCAAAUCAUUAUUUGAGCGAGUAUUAGUACGUACUAAUGUACGCCAUAUGUUGGCUUUUUUAUUUAUUUAUUCACUUCACAUCCAUGGAUCAUUAUACAUGACAGGACAAUCCAAUACAACGAUACAAUAAGGUUGGCAGUGACCGUUUAGUAGUUGGGCCGUCCUAGCCAAGAUACUGUUGUGUUAGAGACCUAGCCUGGUUCAGUGAGACAUUUUAAGAACUGGAAGAUAACUUAAAGUUUUAAUGACUCGUUUUGCAAGAUCUCAAGGAUCCAAGUCCUCUAAUGAAAGGACUCCUGAGGAGGCUACAUCAUGGAAUCAAAUGAAGCAGCAACUAGAAGAGAAACAGAAAGUACACAAGAAAACCAAGAGUGAAACAGCAAAGGAAAUGAAGAGGUAUAAGACAUUUGAUGUUAAUGAUAAUGAAAAUUGUAAAUGGACUGUGUUUGAAGAACCUGGAAAAAAAUUUGAUCAUGAUAGUAAUGAUAUGAAGAAAAAUAAGCACAAGAAAUUUGUUUCUGUAAUGCCUGGUAGAGGCAUUUCUGAACUAGAUAAACAUGAUUCCAGAAAAACCAGUAAAUUACACACAGUUGCAAAUAAAAAUGCCAGAGUUCAAAAGAAAGAAGCUGUUAAAGUGUAUUCCAAAAAACUAAAGAAAAUAUUUGAUGAAGUACAUACUUCUGAUAAUGAAAAUGCGAUUGAAAAAUCAGGAAGUCAUAUUCAAGCAAGAAAACCAAAAAUGAGAGGAAAGAAGAAAAGACUGGGUUCAGUAACAACUUUAGUCAAUGAGAAAAGUAUUAAGGAACCCCAAAGUGAAGAUUUAAAUGAAAAAUGUGAAAUCAUGAAGAGUAUGAAGCUCAUAUCACACAAGAUAGAAUGGGAGGACAAACAAAAAAUUAAACGACCUCAUGCAGAGUCACCACUUCAGGGAACUGAAAGAAAAAAUGCUAAUAGGAUAGACGUAUCUCAACACAAUCAGAAUGAAAAUUCUAAGAUGAAAUUUGACUGUGGAAGAACUGGAGACAAAUCUAAAAAACUCAGGAAGUCAAGAAUACCUGUUGUCCAGAUGUUUAUAAAUGGUAAAGAAAUUAAGGUUAUGAAAUUUGAUGGAUUCCCAGUUAAGAAAGAAGAUGCAGAACAUCUGGAAGAGUUACGUCAGAAGUUACUAGAGGAGGGAAUCCCAAAAACAGAAGUUGUUGCCAUCAUGAAGCGGGAGCGCCGUAAAGCAGAAAAGGCAUUGGCCAGAGAGAGAAAGAAAGUUUGUUUUCAUUGUCGAAAUUCUGGUCACAUAUUGUCACAAUGUCCAGAACUUGGUAGCUCAAGUGAAUCAGGAACGGGGAUCUGUUUCAAAUGUGGAUCAACAGAGCAUACUCACUUCCAAUGCCAGGUCAUUCGUAGUCAGGACUUUCGAUUCGCUGAAUGCUUUGUGUGUAAGGAGCAAGGUCAUAUUGCCCGGCAAUGCCCUGAUAAUCCACGUGGCCUGUAUCCCAAAGGUGGAGCUUGCAAAGUUUGUGGGGAUGUUACCCAUCUAAAAAGGGACUGUCCUGAUCUCAUUAAAGAAAAAGAACAACAAACAGUAACUUUAGGAACACUUGAUAAUAACUCUUUAGAUAUUCUAGAAGAGGAACUGAAAGAAGCAUGUCAUUCUCCAGAAAAGAAUUUUAUGAAACAUAAAGCAGUUGUAAAAUUUUAGGAAACAACUUCCUAGUACAAGAUUCAAAUUUCUCAGUUAUGAAUUUGAAGAUGUGAUGAUAUGUAGACUGCUAGGUUGACAACAGAAAAGGUAACUGUUUACCAGAUCACAUGAUGUCACACUCCAGAACUUUAAAAAUGCUGUAACUAAGAACUUAGAAAAAAUACAUCAUCGAAGGUUGCAGUGCAAGGGCCAGUCUUUGCCUACCCCUUAUGCAUUCAUUCAAGAACUUAGACACACACAAAAAUGUGUUAAUUAUGCUUGUAUGUUUACAUGCAUUCUCGGGUACAUUUUACAUUGAACUAUAGUGUAACAUCAUGUUGCAAAGAUGUACCAGUUCUGAGAUAUGUUUUUGAUUAGUGUGAAUUUAUUACAUUCCUUGCAUAAAUAUGUUAUCAGAAUAUGGCUUUGCUAAGGUGAAUUGCAGUCCUUCAGGUAUCUUUGACAGAGGUUAUUUGCAAGAUGACCUGAAGCACAGCCUUUCUGCUGUGCUCAAAUACUAUGUUGAUGCCACAUUUCCUGUCUGGUCAGCUGUGGUCAUAAUGACAGUGUAUGUACCUAUGUUCUAGGAGAUCCUGAGAAUGUUCCACCACUGACUUGGCUCAGAUACAUUCUCAAUGCCAGUUGCUACUCACAUGCUGUAGUUGUGUGGAUAAGUGGAACACUUGAAUAGAGUCAUGCUUUCCAUGAAUUCCUCCAUAUGUGGAUCAAUUUGAUACUGUUUUUUUAGUAUCUUCACAAAAAGAAACUAUACUAAUACUGGGAGAACAAAGUGGUCAUAAA